AUGCCCUGUCUGAUACUGAGCCAGGAGUCGUUCGACGAGAAGGUGCCGUCCUCUCUGAGCAAGCGAGUUGCAAACAGACCUGACCUGAAAACAUCGAAACUGAGGCACCUAUCGAUUACUGAGCCUUCAGAAAAAGACAAAGAACUGCUGAAGCAGGUCAACAAGCAAAUAAGCAAAUCCAGGAAGAUCUUGGUUCUCACAGGAGCAGGCAUUUCAUGCAAUGCAGGGAUUCCAGACUUUCGGUCGUCUAGCGGGUGCUACGAGCUCGUAAAACAAGAAUACCCUGACGCCGCUAUAAGGUCUGGUCAGGAAAUGUUUGAUAUAUCGCUUUUCCGUGAGGAGCAGAAAAUCUGCAUUUUCGCUACUUUCAUGGAGAAACUGUACAGUAGUGCAAGGGUUGCACAGCCAACCAGAACUCACCGUUUCAUAGCGCACCUGAAAAACCGCGGAAAGCUUUUACGUUGCUACACGCAAAACAUCGACGGCCUGGAAGAGAAUCUAGGUCUCGAGAUGUCGUCCGAGAGGGACUGCGAUACCAGCAUGGCUAAUCAGUGGAGGAACCUUGAUGUUGUCCAAUUGCACGGAGACCUAAAUAGGCUGAGCUGCACUCAAUGCUUCAAAACCUUUAAUUGGAACAGAGGUCUCUCACGCUGCCUGCGAAGUGGGCAGCUGCCGAGCUGCCCGCGCUGUGAGGACUCUAGCACGCAGCGCAGUUUAAUGGGCAAGAGAAACACAGGGUCGAUCGGUCUUCUGAGGCCCAAUAUUGUGCUAUAUGGCGAGAACCACCCCAGCUGCGAGUUCAUCACACAAGGGCUCAAUCUUGAUAUCGCACGAGGAAGGCCAGACUUGUUUUUCAUAAUGGGAACUAGUCUCAAAGUCGACGGCGUCAAGAAGCUCGUCAGAAAUUUUAGCAAACAAGUCCAUGAUCGCAACGGCCUUGUGGUUCUCAUAAACAAAACAAGGAUAGGAGAUUGCAACUGGCACGGGAUAAUAGAUUAUCAGAUCCUUUCAGACUGCGACGCCUGGGUCGACCACCUGAAGGAAGAUAUCCCUGAGUUUUUCAAGACGCAGCAACAGGUUGAAAAGGCCAGACAACUCAAGAGAGAGAAUAGCAUACUUCGUAAAAGGCAGCGAGAAGAGAGGAAGCUAACGCCUCCGUCGACGCCAAGCAGGAAGAAAGCAACUGCUCAGAAAAGCGUCAAGAGCGAGAUACACAAAUCUAACGAUGGCGCGUCGACACCCGAGGAUUCGUGCCCCACGCUGUUUACUAAAGGAGAGAGAACUAGUCAAGAGAGUGUUCUCUUGAAACUACAAAUUGAAGAUCAGAAGUCAGAGCCCUUGAGUCUACUGGAUGCGAGUUCCUUGCCUUCUCUUGGAGGAGAUAAUUCGAUGUCCAAUCACACGGACACCACAAUUGAAGACGACCCAACCGACAUAGAUGAAGACUUACCUAUUUCUUCAUACUCCACGUUAUCUCGCAAGCAGACUGUGUAA